AUGAGCGCCCAGACGCAAACAGAGACAAUCGUCCUACAGACAAGAGCUUCCACCGAACCAAUUCCAACCGAGAAUGAAACAUUCCAAGAUUCAAGACCCCCAGAACCAAAAUGGAUAUAUGCCAAAAUCCUCAGCGCAGGAUUAUCCUUUUUCGUCGCGGGGGUCAACGACGGAAGUUUAGGAUCGCUCAUUCCCUACGUGAUACGCACCUACGACAUCGGGACAAACAUGGUAGCCGUUCUGUACGGCACGACCUUCUUCGGCUGGCUAAUCGCAGCCCUAACAAACGGCAAAAUAACCCAAUACCUAGACCUAGGCCCAAUCCUCAGCCUAGGCGCCGCUAUCCAAGUCCUAGCCCAAGUGCUGCGCGCCUGGGAACCUCCAUUCGCAUUGUACGCGGUGACAUUCUUCCUCGCUAGCUUAGGCCAAGCUUACAACGAUACUCACGCCAAUACCUUCGUCUCGGCGCUGAACGGCGCGCACCGCUGGCUCGGGUUUAUCCAUGCUAUGUACAUGGCCGGGUGUCUAGUUGGUCCGUUCGUGGCGACGGGCGUGGCAUCGGCGAAUGUCGAUUCGAAAUGGUGUUUCGUUCCGGGAUCGUAUGGCUACUCCGACUGUUUUGAGGGGGAGAGGGGUGGCAGGUCUUCUUCCAAUUCUGCGCUUAAGGAGGUUAAGGAUACACUCUCUACUCCUGGGGUUUGGUUGCUGAGUUGGAUGGUCGAGUACCUUGUCAAUGUCCGUAAUGGCGACGUCAAAGCAAUGGGUUACGUCCCAGCUGGCUUCUACGGCGGCGCCUUUCUAGGACGGCUUAUCCUUGCCGAGCCUACGCAUAGACUCGGUGAGCGUCGAAUGAUCUUUAUUUACUCUUUGUUGUGUGUGGGGUUGCAGUUGGUAUUCUGGCUUGUCCCAAAUAUCAUCACCGAGGCAGUAGCAGUCAGUUUAUUAGGAUUCUUCUCUGGUCCUUUCUUCGCAACAGGAAUUUCGGUCGGCUCAAAGAUCUUCUCACCAGAGAUCCGCUCUUCGGCGAUCGCAUUUGUGUUCGUACUUGGUCAAAUCGGCGGAUCUGUCUUUCCCGCUUUGACGGGCAUCAUCGCGGGACAGGUCGGUGUCCAGGUCCUGCAGCCCAUGCUUGUUGGUUUGCUCGGUGCUGCUGGUUUGAGCUGGUUAAUUUUGCCCAAGGAUAGGGCUCUACAUCAGGAAUGA